AUGGACACCAAUAAGUUAAUCUCAGAGGCUGAGUCUCAUUUUUCUCAAGGAAACCAUGCAGAAGCUGUUGCGAAGUUGACAUCUGCGGCUCAGUCGAACCCCAAUGACGAACAAAUGUCAACUAUUGAAUCAUUGAUUCAAAAAAUUGCUGGAUACGUCAUGGAUAACCGUAGUGGUGGUGCUGAUGCCUCGCAGGAUCGUGCUGCUAGUGGUGGUUCAUCUUUUAUGAACACUUUAAUGGCAGACUCUAAAGGUUCUUCCCAAACGCAACUAGGUAAACUAGCUUUGUUAGCCACCGUGAUGACACACUCUUCAAAUAAAGGUUCCUCUAACAGAGGGUUCGACGUGGGUACCGUCAUGUCAAUGCUAAGUGGUUCUGGCGGUGGGAGCCAGAGUAUGGGUGCUUCCGGCCUGGCUGCCUUGGCUUCUCAAUUCUUCAAGUCAAGUAACAAUUCUCAAGGUCAAGGUCAAGGUCAAAGUCAAGGCCAAGGUUCCUUUACUGGUUUGGCGUCUUUGGCUUCGUCUUUCAUGAAUUCCAACAACAAUAACCAACAAGGUCAAAAUCAAAGCUCCGGUGGUUCCUCCUUUGGAGCGUUGGCCUCCAUGGCAAGUUCUUUUAUGCAUUCCAAUAAUAAUCAGAACUCCAACAAUAGUCAGCAAGGCUAUAAUCAAUCCUACCAGAAUAACAAUCAAGGCUACAAUAAUCAACAGUACCAAGGUGGCAACGGUGGUUACCAACAACAACAACAACAACAACAACAGGGACAGUCUGGUGGUGCCUUUUCCUCAUUGGCCUCCAUGGCUCAAUCUUACUUAGGUGGUGGACAAACUCAAUCCAACCAACAGCAACACAAUCAGCAAGGUCAAAACCACCAACAGCAAUACGAGCAACAAAGUCAAAACUAUCAGUAUCAACAACAAGGUCAGCAACAGCAACAAGGCCACUCCGGUUCAUUCUCAGCUUUGGCUUCCAUGGCAAGUUCCUACCUAGGCAAUAACUCCAAUUCAAACUCGAGCUAUGGGGGUCAGCAACAAGUUAACGAGUAUGGCAGAACACAACAUAAUGGUCAACAGCAAUCUAAUGAGUACGGAAGACCACAAUACGGCGGAAACCAGAACUCUAGUGGAAACGAAUCCUUCAAUUUUUCUGGUAACUUCUCUCAACAGAACAAUAACGGCCACCAGAACCGUUACUGA